AUGAUGAUAUGCGGGCCCUCACUUGGAUGCGUGUCAUGCAGGGAAGAUGGCGGACGCGGCCGCUGCGAUCUGCCGGGUGAUGGGGUGCCUAUCUAUGACCAUGGUGGGCUGAGCCCAUUGACGCCUCCGAGCGCAUCCUCCCGUCGCCGCCGCCGCCGCCGCCGGCGACGCGAAGCUAGCUUGCUCCUAUACACGGUGCGAAUCCCCGUCUUCGCUGUCUACGGAUCGGAGCCAGCAGCUCGCCGUUGCCAUCGCCUGCUCCUCUCCCGGCCGAUUAAUCCCCUCGUGUCGCCUGCCGCCGGCGUCAACGACUGGCCACUACUCGAUGCUCCUCAGCCAAAUGCAAACAUUAUUGCUCGCGCGAAAGGCCUGCAUAUCCAAGCUAGCCAAGAAGGUGGUGGCUGGUUUUCUCCAUUCAGCAUGGUGUUUCAGGAGCAGGACUCCAGGUUCAACAGGUCUACCCUACAAGUGAAUGGGAUGAUUGGCCCUGAAGCUACCGGUGAGUGGGCAAUCGUAGGCGGGACUGGAAAGCUAGCAAUGGCUCGUGGUAUCAUCAAGUACAAGUUUCCCCAGAUAGUGACGAGCGUUGAGAAUUAUAGACAACUUGAUAUUCAUGCAUUCUACACCCCACAAGCUGUUUAAGAUUGAAAGAAUAAAUGAAGCUGAAGUUGAUGCAUGAUCUAUACUGCCAGCCAGAAAUUUCUCAAAAUUAACGUCUGCGUGAUUGCAAUAUGACUAGUAUUACUAGCUGUAUCAUCAGUGAUACCAGACGCUUUCUCAUUUCCUUAUUUUGAAACAAUAAGUGUGUUUGUAGCCUGAGAUGAUCCAUCCUUAUUUUCCGUACGCUCAUCUCUUUUGUAGUGUUUAUUUGUAUCUUAAAUUUCCGACGAUUUAUAAGAUUAUGCAAUGCCCGUUGAUUCCA